GUGUUGGUCUUAAUGACCAUUCAUUCAUUUUGUGUUUCUUGGUAAGACUUUCUUUGGCUAUUUACAGUGCGUUAACGCCAUCUAUUGGCCACUUGCAGUAACGGCAGGUUUUGGUGUAUGGUUUCUAUUUCCGAUGGUACUCUCGUUUUGAACGAGUUUUGUGUUCAGUCUUCCAGACCAAGUUGCGCUCUGUGUUGUGUCAAUUCCUCUUACAAGUUUCUUCAAACCCCGCACAGUCGUGUUUCCCACGGGGGCAAUGCCGUUUUACAGCUUGUUUUUGCACUGCCGUGUGUAAAAUAAAGGAGAGGAGAAAAAGACCUCGGGAUAAAGCAGCAUCUCUCUUCUUUGUUCACCUCACCUGGCUGUUUAUACGCGCUGGAUAACUAAAUACGCAAACGUUUAGCGAGGCCAGUACAGUAAAACGGCAGACCCUCGCCUGUCAAGAAGAAGACAGAACUUCAACUGCAUGUGACUUGCCGAGACGUGUCCCCUGCUCCAUAAGACAUGGAUUCUCCGACCGAAAUGCAACUUCCCUCUGGUGUGACUGAAGUAGAAGCCGGUGACUGGGAGGUGAGAUCAGAGCUACUUGCAUCAGGCCCUGUUCGUACGCCGUCCCAACACGGAUCAACAUGCAGCUCUCGAAGGAGCACCGUGCUAGCAACCGCUAAAGCCAAAGCUCAAGCAGCAAGAACCAAAGCAGCCUUUUCUGAAAGGGAAAUGGCACUGAAACUUCAGAAAGCUGAAUCAGAACUACAAACUGCCAAAGCAGAAGCCGAAUUAGAGGCAUUGCGGUGUAGAAAAGAAAUGGAGGCUGCAAUAGCUGAAGCAGCAGCUCUUCAAGCAGAAUUAGAUGACGACAACAGCCUCGGGGAACCGGGGUCAGAACUGAACCAAAGGUAUUUCUCUGCACGCAACGUGCCACCGCAGAGAGACAUAAAGCAAGAAAGCUAUAAUAUUUCGCCCAACCUGCAUAGCCACCUGCCUCCACCAGCAUGUCCUCCAACGCAGCCAGCCAUAAGACCUCCAGCACAGCAUCCAGUGACAUCGCCUGCACAGCUACCGACACAUCCACCAGCAGAGUCCCUGAGACCGACACCAGCUCCAAGACAGUUGCCACCGCCGUCACAGGUACCACUACAGCCACAGCAGCCAUCCAUGCCACCUGCUAGUCCGUAUUACAUGCCACUCCAAGCCAGCAACCAAGCAUGGCAGAGAGGAAAAGACUAUGGGCUACCCAGUCCUGCUCCACACCCUACCUCGUCUCGUCACACGCCUGCCCAAGAUGGACACAGCUCCCCGACUGCUGACCUGGCGAAGCUCAUCGCUAGAAACCAGAUCGUCUCCACAGGGCUGACGCAGUUCGACGAUAAGGCAGAGAAUUACUGGGCAUGGAAAGCUUCAUUCUGCAAUGCCAUAGACAAUAUAGGCUUGUCGGUAGCAGAAGAGACUGACCUUCUGAUUAAAUGGCUCGGCAAAGAGUCGUCCGAGCAAGCACGCAGGCUCAGAGCAGCCUACAUCAGAGACCCCCAGGGUGGCCUCCAAGCCAUCUGGCAGCGCAUUGAAGAGUGCUAUGGCACCCCUGAAGCCAUCGAAGGGGCGCUGUUUGCCAGGCUGGAAAGCUUCCCGAAAAUCUCCAACAAAGAGCCGUUCAAGCUACGUGACUUAGCCGACCUGCUACAGGAACUGUACGCAGCAAAGCAGGAUGGAUUUCUUCCAGGACUAACUUACCUUGACACUGCUAGGGGAGUAGCCCCAAUCGUAGAAAAGCUCCCGUAUAAUCUACAGGAGAAGUGGAUGUCCUACGGCUCUCAGAUAAAGCAACAGCAACAGAUUCCCUUUCCCCCAUUCAGUGUGUUCGUCAACUUCAUCCAGAACCAAGCCAAAGCAAGAAACGAUCCCAGUUUCAGAAUCACCAUGCCACCUCUGCCUGCCACAAAUAGAGACAAACCCAAAGGCAUCCAGAGUAGAGUCAACCAGCCUGUAGCAGUCCACAAGACUCAAGUCGCCGAGUCCAACCAGAAAGAAUGUCAGAGCAUCAAGCACGUCGAAGCCCUCCACCCAGGUCCAUCACCAUGGAAAGCAAAGCCACCCCCACCUACGUCAGAGAACGGCAGGGAGGGCAGUGAGAACCAGCAGCUUCCAGAGACAGUCUCCUCCAAGUGCACUGAGGUAUGCGAAUUCUUUGAGAUGUUCAGCGACAAUAGCACUCCAUCUUCGUACAUGCUCAAGACGUGUGCGGGCAGCAUAGAGACUUCUGGAAGGAGAGCCUGUGGCUACAUGCUGGAGUCACUGGAUGAGAAGACCUGCGUCCCUCUCCCUGUCCUCAUUGAAUGCAAUGAACUCCCGAACAACAGUGCCCAGAUACUGCUGUUGCUAGGGAGAGACAUUUUGAGUAUACACAAGAUCAGAAAACAGAUCAACGGCCCCGACAAUGCCCCAUUCGCUCAAAAGCUAGAUAUAGGCUGGGUGGUGAUCGGCGAUGUGUGCCUCGGCACAGCGCACCGCCCCUCCUCAGUCACUUCCCUCAAAACAUGUGUCUUGGGAGAUGGCCGCCCCAGCUACCUCACACCCUGCUCCAGUCACCUGCGUGUGAAAGACCCUCCACACAGCCACUCAGUCCUUCAUGAUCUUCCAUCUCAGCAAGCCGCUGCCCACACUGCUCCUCUGCUGCACAGGGACGACCUGGAGUCCUCCGUCUUCCACUGCACCGACAAAGAUCACCAACCUGCUCCAUCCAUCGACGACCUCAACUUCCUGAAGAUCAUGGAUACUGAGGUAUGUCAAGAUAGCACUCAAAGCUGGGUCGCACCCCUACCUUUUCGGACUCCGAGAGAACGUCUGCCAAACAACAGAGACUAUGCCAUGAAAAGACUCAAGUCAGUCUGCCACACACUAGAGAAGAAACCUGCCAUGAAAGAACAUUACAUGCAGUUCAUGCAAAAGAUGAUUGACAGUCAGCAUGCAGAGAUUGCCCCAGUCCUCCGAGAAGGACAAGAAAGCUGGUAUUUGCCAUCCUUCGGCAUCUACCAUCCCAAGAAACCCGAACAGAUUCGAAUAGUGUUCGAUUCAAGUGCUCAGUAUGAAGGGAUUUCACUGAACAAUGUCCUGCUCAAAGGCCCAGAUCUGAACAAUGACCUGUUAGGCGUCCUCAUCAGGUUCAGAAAAGAGAAAAUUGCUGUGACUGCAGAUAUUCAACACAUGUUUUACUGCUUUGUAGUCAAGGAGGAGCACAGAGACUACCUGAGGUUUCUGUGGUUCCGCGACAACAACUGGGACAGUGACAUUGUGGACUACAGAAUGCGUGUGCAUGUGUUUGGCAACACACCGUCUCCUGCCGUAGCAAUCUACUGCCUCAGGAGAGCAGCGAAAGAAGCAGAAUCUGAAUUUGGCUCUGAUGUCAGAGCAUUCAUUGAGAGAGACUUUUAUGUUGACGAUGCUCUUAAGUCAUUUGCAACAGAGUCCGAGGCCAUAAGCGUGGUGAAGAGGGCACAGGAGUCGCUCUCCCACAACAGCCUCCGGUUGCACAAGAUCACGUCAAACAGUGCAGCUGUCAUGGCUGAAUUCCCCCCUGAAGACCGUGCAAGCAGCAUCAAAGACCUGGACUUUGCCACUGAUAACGUCCCCAUGCAGCGCAGCCUGGGUAUCAGCUGGAACAUAGUCACAGACACAUUCACCUUUCAAGUACAGCGAGACGACAAGCCUUUCACACGCAGAGGCGUGCUCUCAACCAUAAACAGCAUCUUCGACCCGCUCGGUUUUCUCUCACCCGUCACCAUACAGGGGAGAUCGUUGCUGAGAGAGCUGACCAUGGAAAACGGUGAAUGGGACUCGCCGUUACCUGGACACCUACAAGCAGAGUGGGUGAGAUGGAAGUCCUCCCUACAAUGCCUUCAAGACAUACAGAUCCCCCGCUGCUACACAUCUCUCUCCACCUCUGCAGCAAGCGCGAGAGAGUUGUGUGUGUUUGCGGAUGCUUCAACCAAAGCAAUCGCAGCAGUUGCCUACCUGAAGGUGACCGAUGAAGAUGAACGCUCCGAAAUUGGAUUCGUGCUUGGCAAAGCAAAGCUGGCACCAGUGAAAGAGACCACAAUCCCCAGACUCGAACUCUGCGCAGCAGUCCUUGCUGUUGAGAUAGCUGAGACUGUUGUGAGUAGCAUGGUCUCACACAUGAACUCUGUCACUUUCUAUUCUGACAGCAAAGUCGUGUUAGGUUAUAUUAACAAUGAGCAGAGAAGAUUUUAUGUUUAUGUAAGCAAUAGGGUCCAACGCAUCAGACAAGCAACAUCACCCCAACAGUGGAAGUAUGUCCCCACAGAGCUCAACCCGGCCGAUCAUGGCUCCAGAUCAGUUGCCGCUGCAUCAUUGAGAGACACCAAUUGGCUGACCGGACCCGCCUUCCUUUCUGGUAAGCCUCCAGCUGAUCAUCCGUCACUGUUUGAUCUAGUUGACCCAGAGUUAGACUCUGAGAUCAGACCUCAGGUCGCAGUACUAGUCACUGAAACCACACAGCUCAGCUUAGGAACUGAGCGCUUCGAGCGUUUCUCAAAGUGGACUUCUGUGUUAAGAGCACUUGCGGUCUUGAUUCACAUAGCACAGUGUUUCAGGCAAACGGACAAAGACAACAUAUGCAGAGGGUGGCAUACCUGUAAGAAAGCAAUCACGCCAGAGAACCUGGAAAAAGCAAAGAAACUACUGAUCAAGAACAUGCAACAGGAAAGAUAUCCUAGUGAAUUUAGCAACAUUCAGAGUAAGUCAGACAUUCCAAAACGGAACAACAUUGCAAAGCUGCGCCCAGUGGUUGACAGCUGCGGACUUCUCAGAGUGGGAGGACGCAUCACACAGUCUGGCCUUGAGAUAAACCGCACCAAUCCUCUCAUCGUCCCAGCUCAGCAUCACCUAACGACUCUCCUUGUGCGCCACCAUCAUGAGCAGGUAAAACACCAGGGCAGACACUUCACAGAGGGGGCCAUCAGGGACGCUGGACUGUGGCUGGUGGGCGGAAAGAGGUGUAUCAGAGGCACCCUGUCCCGGUGUGUCACCUGCAGGAGACUGCGUGGCAAACAAGAGCAUCAGCUGAUGGCAGAUCUGCCUGCAGACCGGCUACAAGCUGCCCCACCGUUCACGUACGUCGGCUUGGAUGUGUUUGGUCCAUGGGAGGUCAUCAGCCGCCGGACGAGAGGUGGACAAGCAAACAGCAAAAGAGGCCCUGCUGCACAGAUUAGGUCUGACAGAGGCACUAACUUUACUGGUGCGUCAAAAGAACUGAAUCUGGAAGACGACGCAGACAUGCAACGUUACCUACAAGACCAGCAAUGCACAUGGAUUUUCAACCCCCCGCACGCCUCUCAUAUGGGAGGGGCCUGGGAGCGACUCAUCGGGGUGGCCCGUCGCAUCCUAGACUCCAUGUUCUUGCAGCAACGCUUCUCUUCAUUGACCCACGAGGUCCUCGUCACACUCAUGGCAGAGGUUUGUGCAGUCAUGAAUGCGAGACCCCUGCUGCCUGUGUCAACUGACCCCGAGAACCCCCUCAUACUCACCCCCUCCAUGCUUCUGACGCAAAAGACAGGAGCCCCAUCAUCGCCUCCACCUGACUUUGGCAAGGCAGAGAUCAUUCGUCACCAGUGGAAGCUGGUACAAUAUCUCGCAGAGACAUUUUGGCACAAAUGGCAACGUGAAUACCUGAGCACCCUGCAAAGUCGGGCCAAGUGGCAGGAAAAAAGGCCUAACUUGCAGGAAGGAGACAUCAUCUUGAUGAAAGACAAUGCAGUGCCAAGGAACCACUGGCCGAUGGCAGUGGUCAUCAAAACUUAUCCCAGCAGAGACAAUGUUGUCAGGACUGUAGAUAUCAGAGUGGUCCGCCAAGGCACUCCUAAAAUGUACAAAAGACCAGUAACUGAACUUGUCUUACUUUUCUCUCCUAGACAGGAUGUUACUUGUGUUUAAGUAAAGUGUGUGCAUCUAAAAAGUAAUAGGUGUGGUAUCCUUAAGAUACCAGGCAGGGAGUGUGUUGGUCUUAAUGACCAUUCAUUCAUUUUGUGUUUCUUGGUAAGACUUUCUUUGGCUAUUUACAGUGCGUUAACGCCAUCUAUUGGCCACUUGCAGUAACGGCAGGUUUUGGUGUAUGGUUUCUAUUUCCGAUGGUACUCUCGUUUUGAACGAGUUUUGUGUUCAGUCUUCCAGACCAAGUUGCGCUCUGUGUUGUGUCAAUUCCUCUUACAAGUUUCUUCAAACCCCGCACAGUCGUGUUUCCCACGGGGGCAAUGCCGGUGAGUAACGCUGUGUGUAAUAUAAGGUGUUUUAUAUUAGCCGUUUUCUUAAGGAAAUGAAUGUGUUGCUACGAAGUGUAGAUUCCUUUGUUUUCCAUGUAAUAGCGGCUCACGCUUAGUAGAAAACGAUGUAUGUGUUGCAUUUGGAUUUGGAAAUGAUUGGAAAAAGGCAAUAUGAGCUAAAAGGUACUUUUAUUUGUGUUUACAGUUUUACAGCUUGUUUUUGCACUGCCGUGUGUAAAAUAAAGGAGAGGAGAAAAAGACCUCGGGAUAAAGCAGCAUCUCUCUUCUUUGUUCACCUCACCUGGCUGUUUAUACGCGCUGGAUAACUAAAUACGCAAACGUUUAGCGAGGCCAGUACAGUU